UUUAUAUCUAUCCAUGUAUAAUUAAAAAAAAUAAAAAUAAUCUCAUCUCUAGAGAAAAAAGAAAAAAGGAAAAUCAUCAUUUUGUUCUUUCAGUGUUUGUAUCAACUGCUCAGCCUCGUAUCUCUUUGUUGGUCUCAUGGCGACGUUUUCUUUGUCAGGUGCGACUCAUGUCAAAGCAUGCGAAGCUUGGUCUGCUAAGUCGUCCUCGUUUGUCAAGACACCUAUGAUAGCUAUUCAAAGGAAAUCAAACUCUCAAGGAAUGAAAACCAGCAAGUUGUCUGUUCGUGCAAACUACAGUGAUCAAAGAGGUAGAGGUGGCAGGGGUGGCGAUUUUGUUGCUGGUUUCCUUUUGGGAGGCGCAAUAUUUGGAACACUUGGCUAUGUAUUUGCUCCCCAGAUACGGAGAUCAUUGCUCAAUGAAGAUGAAUAUGGUUUCCGGAAAGCCAAGAGACCAAUGUACUAUUAUGAUGAAGGUUUAGAGAAAACUAGAGAGACUUUGAACAAGAAGUUAGAUCAACUGAAUAAUGCUAUUGACAAAGUAUCUUCAGGGCUGAGAGGUGGCAACAAAAUGCCUCCAGUGCCUGUUGAGGAGGAUAUAGAAGAAGCUACUAUGUGAGAACUUGUGUUCCUCCUAAUGAUCAUAGGAAGUAUACAGAGGAAAUAUGGGGCUAUUGAAACAGUAAACAGAUCAUGAAUUUUCUAGUAUUACCAGAUUUUUAUUGUCUUUUGAAACUUUUGGAGAGGUUUAAUUCUGGAGCUUGGAAAAACAAGAACAAAAUAUAAAUUUCCAGCAGAAAUGAAGCUUUUGUUUUGGUGGA